UGGGGAUGUAGAUGGGGAAGGCGAAGAGGAGGAAGAAGACGAAGAUGAGGACGAAGAAAUGGAGGAGGAUAUUAUAGAAAGAAGAGGUUUUGAGAAUGAAGAAAGGGGUACAGAAUCGCAAGAUAAAUCUUCCGAUGGUGUCAGUGAGAUAAACGAUACUAGUGAAGUGUCCAGAAAUGAAGACAAGUGUAGAAAUACAUCUUGCGAAGCUAUGGAUGUAGAUGAACAGAGUAAUAAUUCAGAUGUAGAAUGUUUGGAUGAGAGUAUUACAAGAGUACGAAUGGAUAAUGAUAAUGUGUUCGGUUUAAAACAAUCUAAUAUAAAUGAAGAUAAAGAUAUGUCAUGUAGUAACAUGCAACAAUCCAAUAGUUCUGCUGAAACUAUAGACAGCAGUAUAGAUACAUCUGAUGUAAAGAUAUGCGAAGAAAAUGGAUGUUGCAAUAGUCCAGACAUAGAGGAGAUAACAACGGAUAGUGCAAAGAAUAAUGGUCUGAAUACAUCUCAAGAGCGUUCCUUAAAAGAUUCUGCUAAACAAAAAAAGUCAAGAAAGCAAGUAGAUCUUAGUAAUAUUACGCCUAGAAGAAGUUCUCGUAAUAUUAAAAGAACAAGUUAUAUUGAAAGAGAAGUUGAAGAAGAAGUGGAGGACGACGGUUCAGAUAUAGAGGAAAUAAAACCAGAAGAUCCGUUGGCUGGAAUAGAUAGUAAGGAUAAAGAGAAUUCUAAACUAAAGUCACCUACGAAAAAUAGUAAAACCACCAUUGUGGUUAAUGAUACCAAGCGUUUGGUAGAAAUAGCUGCUGGUAGUAAAUCAGUAAAAGGUGGUAAAAAGGAACCUACGUUAGUUAUAAUAGAUACAAACUCUAUACUUUCUGGACGCGGAGGCAUGCCUGUUGGUAGUAACAACAGUAAACAGCCUCACCAUACUGUUUCUAAUGCAAGUUCUUUCUCGGUCGUUCCAAUGAAUAUGACCACUCAAAUGUAUCCAAAUAUGAGAACAACUAUUACGCCAGUACCCAUGACUUCUAAAAGUGCUGCUGCACAACAAUUAAGUCCCAAACCGAGUAGCAUGACUACCGUCAAUCCUGCUUUGGCACCGAUAUUACCAACUUUAACAGAUGAUAUGUUUGUCGUAGAAGCACCUUCGUUUAUAGUACCUUACGUUUAUGAAAAGCCUCCAUUGAAACCAUUGAAAGAAUUUGUUUCUAAAUUGGAAAAAAGCAUAGAAGAUAGAAAAAAGGAAGAAAUAUUGAAAAAAAUGACAGACAAUGAUACUAAAGAUAAUCAAGAUAAUCAAGAUCUUAACGAAGAUUUGUUUGAAAUAAAUAAUAAAAAAGUCGAUUUUAGAAACCAAGAAAGUGAGAAUGAGGGGGCAAGUUUAAGAUCUAAAAAGGACGGAGGAGGAGGAGGAGGAGAAGAUAGUGGACCUGAUAUGAUGGCAGAUGUUAUGGAAACUGGUAUUUCUAAUAUGAGUGAGAAGCAUGAUAUGAGACAAGAAGAUAGAAAUAAAGUAAUAACUUACUUUGACUUACCUUUGGGUAAAUUUUUCAUGCAAAUCGGAGUAAAUCUCGUUCAAGAAUAUGUACAAACGGAUUUACUACGGACUCAGAAACGUAAACAAGGCAAAGGUAGCACGUCAGCUGAAACACAAUUAGCUAUAAAUUCACUCAUCAAGAAUUUAGAGUUUAGUAAGGAAAAUAAUGAACCAUUCCACUUAGAAAUGAAAAAAUGUGAAUUCUGUAAUUUUAAAACAGAAUCUACAUUAGUAAUGCAGCAUCAUUUAGAAACUCCUCAUAUGCGAAAUUAUGUCUACAAAUGUAACUUUUGUACCAUGGAGGUUCGUAGUCCUCACGACAUAUUAUUCCACAUGGAAGCAGAACAUAAUACUCGUGGACGAUUGGAACGCGGUCCAGCUUUUCAUCAAUGUCCAAAUUGUCCAUUUGAAGAUAAUCAAAAAGGCAAACUUACACGACACAUUCUUGCUUGUUCGAAGAAGUUUAGACCAGAACGAAAUCUAGAGCCUGCAGCGGAUUGGGAGCCGCCUGCUAAAAUUCCAAGAUUAAAUCGCGCUCGUCCUGUUGGACCGACCAAUCCUAAUGCUCUUGCUAUGGCUAUGAGUGCCAAAGGUGGUCCACAACCACUUUUACCCAAAUUACUUCCUGCACCUACAAUAACAGGUCGUGGAAGGGGACGACCGCCGAUGCAACCUAGAUACUCGGCGGAUAUGAAAACUUUAAGACCUGGUAGUACUACUAUGCGCCAAGAUAAUGUUGCAGGCAUGAUGUAUCGACCAACAUCUUCUGGCCUAUUAGUUCCCGCUUCAUACCAAUUUGGUAGUAAUCAGUUGUUCCAGGUGGUGGGUGGCUCUGGGACUGUCAUGUCGGCUGUCUCGGGAGUGAGUAGCAGUAGCGGCGGCAGUUCCGGUCAACCCACACCCAUUGCACUUGUACCCAACGUAAUCGAGUCUCUCUCUAGGUUGUCCUCAUCACAGAACACAACGGCCAGUACAAAAAAUCCUACAGCAAAAUUAUUAAGUCAACCGAGUAUAUCUAUAACUCCAUUACCACGUACAACAUCUCAAACCUCGAUUCCUGGUUCAGGAACAUCUUCUAAAUCUGGAGGGAAAAAUACAUUCGUUAUAUGUGAAAUUUGUGAUGGUUAUAUUAAGGAUCUUGAGCAACUAAGAAAUCACAUGCAAUGGAUUCAUAAAGUCAAAAUACAUCCAAAGAUGAUUUAUAACAGACCUCCAUUGAACUGCCAAAAAUGUCAAUUUCGAUUUUUCACAGAUCAGGGCUUGGAAAGACAUUUGCUUGGAUCUCAUGGACUCGUUACGUCCAGUAUGCAAGAAGCAGCGAAUAGAGGAAAAGAUGCUGGUCGUUGUCCAGCUUGUGGCAGAGUAUAUCAAUGGAAAUUAUUAAAUCAUGUUGCACGGGAUCACGGAAUGACAUUAAAACCCGCGCAUUUAUCAUAUAAAUGUACAGUUUGCACUGCCACAUUUGGAAUGUACAAGCAAUUUGAAAAUCACGUAUACUCAGCACACAGUGUUGUGGCAAAAAGAGUAAUGGAUAAAAAGAAUACCCCAUCGUCUCCGUCAUCGAGAUCAAAUGAUUCUCUUUUAAAACCAUUGAAGAUAAACGACGAAAUAACAAUAAUUCCACAACCAGCAAAACCAACAACUAGAUCUGGUGCAUCUCAAGGCAGAAGCAAAUAGCAAUGAUCAGCAGAGUGAUACGUGUGUCUUGUUUUACAGAAUUUCACGUAACUCUGGAUGAUGAUGAUGAUGAUGAUGAUGAUGAUGAUGAUAAUGAUGAUGAUGAUGAUACUCCGUUAAAAGCGGCGGUCACUGAAAAUAAAUAUUUGACAGUGAGAUGUGCUGUGUACAUGUGUAUGCAUAUACUAUGCUUAAGAUUUGCAAUUACUGAAACUAAAACUCCUCGACUCGACUCUUGACGAAAGGAAAAAAAGAAAGAAAAAAGGAAAAAAAAAAAAUAAGAAAUAAGAAAACUAGUUGACUGCGUAAAAUAAUAUUCCAUCAAUGAUUAUACCAAUAUAUAUUUAUUUAAGAAUUUUUAUUGUUGUUAUCGGACAUACAUAAAAACAGACUGUAAAAACAUGAAAGCGUGGCCUUCAGUCUAAUUCCUUAGUUUAUCCUAAAAGCUACGUAUUCCCGCUUUACACAAUGGACUCAAUGAAUGCAUAAAAAAAGUAUUUUGCAUUCUUCGUCAUGUAUAUCGAUACCCUUUAAAUAGUGAAUUAUUUGUAAUGUAUAAAUUGUUUUGUAAGAGAAAUAUAAUCGAAUAUGUCAUUUUA